UUUUCACCUCGUCCUCAUCACUGACAACCUUCACAAUAAGCUGCAUUUUGUUUAACCAUGGCUGCCUCUACUAUGGCUCUCUCCUCCCCAACUUUUGCCGGUGAGGCACUCAAAGUGUCUCCAGCUCAGUUAGGUGUCGGCCGGAUCUCCAUGAGGAGGGGUGUCAAGCCUCCCGGCCCUUCUGGCAGCCCGUGGUACGGCCCUGACCGCGUCAAAUACUUGGGACCCUUCUCCGGUGAGCCUCCAUCCUACUUGACCGGUGAGUUCCCGGGUGACUAUGGUUGGGACACUGCUGGGCUUUCAGCUGACCCAGAGACUUUUGCCAGAAACCGUGAGCUUGAAGUCAUCCAUGCCAGAUGGGCUAUGCUUGGAGCUUUGGGUUGUGUCUUCCCUGAGCUCUUGGCCCGUAACGGUGUCAAAUUCGGUGAGGCUGUGUGGUUCAAGGCUGGAUCCCAGAUCUUCAGUGAGGGUGGGCUUGACUACUUGGGAAACCCAAGCUUGAUUCAUGCGCAAAGCAUUCUUGCAAUUUGGGCAUGCCAAGUGAUCUUGAUGGGUGCUGUUGAGGGAUACCGUAUUGCCGGCGGGCCUCUUGGUGAGGUGACCGACCCACUCUACCCAGGUGGAAGCUUUGAUCCAUUGGGUCUUGCAGAUGACCCGGAGGCAUUUGCUGAGCUGAAGGUGAAGGAGAUCAAGAAUGGCAGAUUGGCCAUGUUCUCAAUGUUUGGCUUCUUUGUUCAAGCCAUUGUGACUGGAAAGGGACCUCUGGAGAACCUUGCAGACCACCUUGCUGAUCCAGUCAACAACAACGCCUGGGCAUACGCCACUAACUUUGUCCCUGGAAAAUGAGCUUAGAAAGAUGUGCGUCUUUUUUAGAAGGAAAAAAAGUGUGGGUUGUUACUUGACGUGUAAAUUUGUUGCAGGCCAACGAAAGAACAUAUUGUGUUUCGUGCACCA